UGUCCGGAAAACACUUCCAUAAAGCUGUUGUUUAGGCAAAACAAACAAAACAAAAACGCACUGUCUUGGAGACUUUUUUUAUAACCAUGCUAAAGCAGGCGCGUGCAGACCUGUUAGCCCUCCCAAUGACGUCGCGCUACGUCAUCAGAAUUCUAACGGGCGGACUUUUCAAAAUGGAGGAAAGGAAAAUAUUUUGGAGCGGAGCAAACCUACAACCUGUAAAUGUAUUUUUUAACACUUCAAGCGACGAAGGUCCAAGUUCCAUGAAAUGAAAAAGGAUUUUUUUAAUUAUCGCACUUAACGAAUCUUCUCUAAUAAGGAGCCUAAUGAAGUGAAAAUGAGUGUCUCUAUCGGCGACAAAAUUGAGGACUUUAAAGUUCUCACCUUGCUCGGUAAGGGCUCCUUUGCCUGCGUCUACAGAGCCAAAUCUGCCAACACGGGCUUGGAAGUAGCGAUCAAAAUGAUUGAUAAGAAGGCCAUGCACAAAGCUGGCAUGGUGCAACGUGUCAUUAACGAGGUGGAGAUCCAGUGUCGGUUAAAACACCCCUCAAUACUGGAGCUGUACAAUUACUUUGAAGACAGCAAUUAUGUGUAUCUGGUCCUGGAGAUGUGCCAUAACGGAGAAAUGAGCCGUUAUCUGAAAGACAGGAAGAAGUCUUUCACAGAAGAAGAAGUGAGACACUUCAUGCACCAGAUUGUAAAGGGCAUGCUGUAUCUGCACACUCAUGGCAUUAUGCACAGAGACCUGACUCUGUCAAACCUGCUUCUCACCAGUAACAUGAACAUUAAAAUCGCCGACUUUGGCUUGGCAACACAGCUCAAGCUGCCUAAUGAGAAGCACUUCACCAUGUGUGGCACUCCCAACUACAUCUCUCCUGAGGUGGCCACCCGGAGUGCCCAUGGCCUGGAGUCGGAUGUCUGGUCUCUGGGCUGUAUGUUCUAUGCGUUUCUGAUGGGCAGGCCCCCCUUCGACACGGACACUGUCAAACACACCCUCAAUAAAGUGGUUUUAGGGGAGUACAAGAUGCCCACUCAUGUGUCAGCUGAAGCUCAGGAUCUUAUUCGGCUGCUGCUGCAGAAGAACCCUGCUCUGAGACCCAGCCUAUCAGCAGUGCUAGACCACCCUUUCAUGACUGAGAGUGGAUCCACCACAAGCAAAGACUCUGGGGGUAGUGAUGGAGGCUCCAUGGACAGUGGCAUAGCGACAAUAUCUACAUCAUCCAAUGCUACCAACAGCAGCAGCAACAGUCGACUCCACAGGAAAACCAGGCAGGUGAUUGGGCAGGCCUUACCCAACCGCAUGGUGCCGCUGCAAUCCACCAGCUCCAGCUUUAAAGGAGAGCAGGAAUGGCAGCCACAUGCACCAGGCAGUGUGAGAGUUCCUGUAGAUCCUGUCAGUGGAAGGCCCCAUUCUCGAUACCUGAGACGGGCGCACUCCUCUGAUCGCUCUGGUGCUAGCUAUAGUCAUGCUAGGCAGGAGGUGGAGCUGGAGCGGUGCCACUCAGAGGAGGUGCUUCCUGGAUCUGGUCGCAUUUUCCCAUCAGCAUCCAGCUAUCAGGACAAUGGCAAUGGCUAUGCUGAACAUGGACGUCUACCCUCUCCACCUGUCAAACAGUCUGCAAGCUCUGGGUCCUCCUUUUCUGCUCCGGUGCAUCCUAUCAGAUUACAGACAGCAGAAUCUAGCACACAGCCAUGGUUCAGCACAGAUGGUUCUUUCAAGAGACCAGCAGACGUCAGCACUUACAGCAGCAGUGGUAGUUUUCAUUCUGGGCGAGAGGUGGCUGGGGCUCCGCCCUCCUGCAGUGACCGACCAACAGUGAGAGCAACUAGUGGCCCUUCUCCUCAGUUAUACCACCAUUCCUCUUCUCACAGUGACCCUGGUCCCCUUAGACAGGACGGGUUUGGAACGAACCACUUCCCAGCACCUCAGGGCUGUGUAGAUGUCCAAGCUGCUCCUCUGUCCAGGAGCAAAGCUAACGACGGAAAGGAGAGGAAGAGUCCUCUGUUUCCUCCUCUCUGUGCGGCCAGACUGAAGCCCAUUCGACAGAAGACCAAAAAUGCUGUGGUCAGUAUCUUAGAUACAGGAGAGGUGUGUAUGGAGCUUUUAAAAGGCCAAGGUGCUCAAGAGAGGGUCAAGGAAGUACUGAGGAUAUCCUCUGAUGGCUCCAUGGUGACUGUGUACCAGCCCAAUCAGGGGAAAGGUUUCCCUGUGCUGGAUCAUCCUCCCUCUCCCCCAGAAGACAUUUUUAUAUGCAGCUAUGAAGAUUUGCCAGAGAAGUACUGGAAGAAGUAUCAGUAUGCUACCAAGUUUGUUCAGCUGGUGAAAUCCAAGACUCCAAAAGUAACCUUGUACACCAAGUUCGCCAAGUGCAUGUUAAUGGAAAACUCUCCCAAUGCAGACAUGGAAAUGUGCUUCUAUGAUGGGGGAAAAACCCACAAGACAAGCGAUCAGGUGCGAGUGGUGGAGAAAAGUGGCAAGUCAUACACAGUGAAAGGUGAUGUGGGUUUGAGUGGCAGUGUAAGCCCUGAGUGCAGACGCUACAUGGAGCUCACAGAUGAGGGGCACAGGAUGUGUCUGUCUCUGGAGGCUGCCAUCAGUGCUGAGGAGCAGCGUAGUGCUGGAGCCACUCCAUUCUUCCCCAUAACUAUUGGCAGGAGGCCCACUAACUCUGCCUCAUCCUGCCCAGUGGCCCAGCCUGCCUCUGAUCAGGCUCCUACAGCUCCUGCUGAGGUUGCUCAGGUGUUCCUGAGUCCACCUCACCAACCCCACAUCACCCCUUCUAUGAUUUCCUACAGUGGGUCUGAUUUUACAACAACUAGUUUGGCUAAAGGCGGCUCACCUCAGUCAGCAAAAGAUGGAUGUAGCAUCAGCGCAGGAAAAGUGCUCAAGUCCAUCUUUGUUCCCAACAUCGGCUGGGCCUCUCAGCUAACAAGUGGAGAAGUAUGGGUUCAGUUUAAUGAUGGGUCUCAGCUGAUGGUCCAGGCAGGAGUCUCCUGCAUCACAUUUACCUCUCCUGAAGGACACAUCACCCGGUAUAAGGAGAAUGAGAAGUUACCUGAGUUGGUUAAGGAAAAGCUGCAUUGCCUUUCAUCCAUUCUGAGCCUUUUGGCAAGUCCUGCUGCACGAUGCUGAGCAGCGGCACUCACACAGAAAAGACAGAGCCCAUUCUGUGAUUACCGUGCAUGGUGAAAAGCAUUCAAAAGCACUUCCUUUUUUAAAAAAACAAAAAAAAAACAACUUCAUCCGCUGUAAAUUCUCUUCCUGAAAAUGCAUUAAGUGUCUGUAAAUACAUUUUUAAACAGUUGUACAGAUUGUUCCAAAAAAUUAUGAAAAGUAUAUAUUUUUAUGUUGUAUAGUGUUUCUUGAACUUCUUGUAUUGUGCAUUUGUAUUUUUUUUUUACCUUGCAACAGUGUAUCCCCUGGGCUUCAAUGUACAAACAUAUCAACAAUAAACAUCUGUCUGCUGGCUGA